GGCCACAAGUCUUAUACAGUGGUCUUUGCCACUGCCCAGGGCUCAAGCGGGCAGCAGGAUGGCUGGGAGCCUAGCACAUGUCUGGGUUUUCCUUCCAGGUCCAGAAGAAACAGCAGAGAUGUCAAAUGAGCCACCCCCUCCUUAUCCUGGGGGCCCCACAGCCCCCCUUCUGGAGAAAAGUGGAGCCCCGACUACCCCAGGCCGCACCUCCCCAGCUGUGAUGCAACCCCCACCAGGUAUGCCGCUACCCCCUGCAGACAUCGGCCCCCCACCAUAUGAGCCACCAGGUCACCCAGUGCCCCAGCCAGGCUUCAUCCCCCCGCAUGUGAGUGCAGAUGGUGCCUACAUGCCUCCAGGUUUCUACCCUCCUCCAGGCCCCCACCCACCGAUGGGCUACUACCCACCAGGGCCCUACCCUCCAGGCCCCUACCCUGGCCCUGGGGGCCACACGGCUACUGUCCUGGUCCCUUCAGGGGCUGCCACCACAGUGACAGUGCUGCAGGGAGAGAUCUUCGAAGGUGCUCCUGUGCAGACAGUGUGUCCCCACUGCCAGCAGGCCAUCACCACCAAGAUCUCCUACGAGAUUGGCCUGAUGAACUUCGUGCUGGGUUUCUUCUGCUGCUUCAUGGGGUGUGACCUGGGCUGCUGCCUGAUCCCCUGCCUCAUCAACGACUUCAAGGAUGUGACACACACAUGCCCCAGCUGCAAAGCCUACAUCUACACAUACAAGCGCCUGUGCUAACAGAGCCAGGACUCAGGAUCCUUCCCCACCACCUGUCAGUUCGGUCCCCUGUGCUUUGCUCCCUGCACUCAGUUGUCAUUUACCUGCUCCCAUUUGGGGUUGGAAGUUGUGCCACCAUCCCCUGGAAGUCUUGUUCUCUUCACCUUCCCCUCCCUGAGCACCUGACUCUUCCAGCCAAUGUUCUAUUGGAUUUUAGACCAAGGGUCAGUGAGGGCAGGGCUGAGCUCACGAGCCAGCUGCUUGGUGUUUGUGAUCAGGAAGGUAAGCUGGGGGAAAAAAAAAAAGGAAGGUAAGCUGGAAGGGGCCACCCGCUGGCGUCCGACUCCUUCCUCUGUUUCUGUACAGGUCUGGUUCCAAACAUUUCUCCCUGGUACCAAAAGCAGCCAGAGCUGUGGUGGGUCCCAGGCCUGGAGCCUUCAUUGGGGCUGUGCUUGUAGUCACAUCAUUUUUGGCCUGCUGGGCCAAGUAUGGAGUUCUCUAGAGUCAGGCAGGCCUAAGCUAGACAGGGUUAUAAGGCCUGGGUUUGAUUCUGGAGUACAUUGUGCCUCUGGGGUGCCAGAGGUGGGGCAUAACAGUCAGGAGUGAUAACUGCCACCUCUGGCCCUCAGAACCCUCAGGUAUAGAAACCCAGGACCCAUAACACCCUGUCUGGUACCCAAGAAUUGCCUGGUGUAAGGAGUAGCCAAGAAGGAAGGACCUUACCCCUCCCCCACCACCUUUGAGUCAAGAGUGCAGACCCCCUUUUCAGGCUACACCUCUGUGAAUCUUGCAUUGCUGAGGCCCGAAGGUAUCCCCAUGAGCCUGCCCUCUUCCAUCUGCACCGCGUCCUCCCUGCGUGCUCUGCCCCUGGACUGGUGUGUCCCAGCUGGGCUAAGAGAUGGCAGAGAGGAAGGCCCCCUGUGGGUGUGCCUGGAUCUGCACAGCUGCCUGGUGACCCUCUUCCCGGUAAGCACUAGGCUGCCUUCUGCUGCAGGGCCUCAGCAGGAUGCACCUCAGGACAUACUGCUGCACUGGGCUGGAGACUGACUGGAGGAAGGAGCAACCACCAGUACGAUGUGCCCUGGUGGACACCAGCCCUGCCCUGGGCCUGAGCCCAAACCUGUUUUUACUUCCUGAAUGGUUUGUCUGUGAACUUGCUCACCUGGACCGCUCUAUCUUACCACUGUCCCAUUCCUGGUCUUGCAUUGCCACUGCAUGGCCUCCUGUCACUGUGAACUGUGGCCCAGUCUGUUUGUAGUUUCUCAUUAAAUUGGUCCUUUUACUCCCCACCCUG